AUGACAGUAACAUACACAGGCGAUGUUUCAAACUGCUCAUUAAAAGCAUUUGGAAAGGCACUUUUUAGAUGGAGAGGUAGUUUAUGGAAAUCUGUAUACUGCGAGUUAAUUAUAUGGUGUGUCGCCUAUGCAACGUUAUCACUUAUUUACCGAUUAGGUUUAAAUGAGGAACAACAAAAAACAUUUGAAGAUGUAUGUGCUUUAUGUUAUAAAUAUGCUGAAUAUAUACCAUUAACAUUUAUGCUUGGUUUUUUUGUACAACAAGUUAUAAACAGAUGGACAGAUAUGUUUAACAAUAUGGGCUGGUGUGAUAACUUCUCAUUAUAUGUAUCAAGUUAUGUUCAAGGAACAAGCUUAAGAGCACGAAUGAUGAAACGAAAUAUUGCCAGAUAUAUGAUUUUGAUGCAGACUCUAGUUUUCCGUGAUAUCAGCAUCAAAGUACGACGAAGAUUUCCGACUCCAGAAUCUUUAGUUGCUGCAGGAUUUAUAAAUGAAGCUGAGAAAGUGUUGUUAGACGAAACAGAAACACCACAUAAAAAAUACUGGGUACCUGUCCGAUGGGCUAUGGCAAUUAUCAGGCAAGCAAGAUCUGAGGGCUUGGUGGCUAAUGAUUUUGCUGUUCAAGAUAUGUAUAAGCGAAUUUUGGACUUUCGAACAAACUUACAAACCGUAUCUUUAUAUGACUGGGUGCCACUGCCCUUAGUCUAUACACAAGUAGUAUUUUUGACAGUGCGACUCUACUUCACCAUAGCGCUUUUAGGAAGACAGUACUUGAAAACUAACCGAUAUGACGAUCUAAAAGGCCCUCUAGAUGCGUAUGUGCCCGUAAUGACGAUAAUCCAAUUUGUCUUCUAUGUUGGAUGGAUGAAAGUUGCCGAAGCAUUACUGAAUCCUUAUGGUGAUGACGAUGAUGACUUUGAAGUGAAUUGGGCUAUCGACAGAAAUCUUCAGGUAUCUUUAAAAAUAGUUGAUGAAAAUCCUGGUUUUGUUCCGGCAGUUGUCAAAGACAAAUUUUGGUGUGAUACGAUCCCGGAACCAUUAUAUUCAUCAGAAACUGCACAUAUUCCCCAACAUCCACCGGUUGGAUCUGCUGUCGGCAUGGUUCCUCCAACAGAUGUUAUAAUGGUACCUCGAGUAAAUGCUGAUGGAGAGAGCGUCAGCUCAGCAACAAAUGCAAAUCCAAUAUUUGUAAGAUCAACAUCAGUUAUAUCAAAUAGAUCUGAUGGAAGUAUGAUUAGUAAUACAUUCCGUAGACUAUCUCGACUGGCUUCAAGACCGCAGGUUGCGCCGCAUCCCGAAUUUACCCGACGACAAAGUCAACUUGAAGAUGAUGAAUUUAUUCGACAGAUGGCAUUUGGAGGCGAAUCAAUACCUUCCGCAGUGGAAAAGGUUGGCAAAUGGGCACGAUCAGUAUCUCAGCAAUAA